GUUGGGGACACUUUGGGGACGCUUUGGGGGGUUGGGACAUUCCUGGAACCCCUUGGGGACACUUUGGGACACCUUAGGAGAGGUUGGGGACACUGUGAGGACAGUGUGGUGGCUGUACCCGCCGUCCCUGUCCCAGUGUCCCCUCUGUCCCCAGUGCUGGUGGCCUCGGGGCGGCUCCGAUGGCAGUGGGAGCCAGAGGGGACAGCAGGGGACAGCGGCGCGGUGGCCCCGCGGGUGACAUCGGAGCAAGUGACAGGGUGGCAACGAGGAGACACCGGGGGUGGCUCUGUCCCCAGGCUGUCACCCUCGUGUCCCCCCCAGGCCACCAAGGGCGGGGACAGGACCCGGCCAUGCCCAGACACAGUGUCCCUGGCCCCACUGGUGACGCAGCUCCAGGCCCUCGGUGCCGCCAUCCUUGGGGACAUCGGGGACCCCGCGGUGCCAGCGCCCCUCUGGGCACACCGGUGACAUCACUGCGGACACAGGACUCCACGUGUCCCCACCACCAUGGAAACAGCAUCCGAACGUGACUGGGCCUUGCUGGGUUGGUCCCUGUCCCCAAGUGUCCCCAGUGAUGUCACCCCAGGAAUCCCCAUCAGGAUUUGGGGCAGUUUUAAUGAAAACUCUCAGAAAAUUCCCCAAAUUUGACUCAAAUCCCACCCUGAGAUAGGGGGCGGGGACAAAUGACACCAGUGAUGUCCCUGAUGAUGUUACCACCCCGAUGACAUCACAGCAGUGACAUCAGUGUCCUCACAGUA